CUCUUCUGCUCUCACCACCACCAUGGAUCCCUCUCUUCGCAUCGCACCCUCUGCCGCACCCAAGUCUGUGUCGACGAACGACACCGCCAACUCGCUUGGCCUUCAUGAUUCUCUGCAGUACGGGCCACGCAGCCUCGCCGCAGAGGUCAAGUCCACAGAUUUUAUCCGUGCUCGCCUCGAGAACUGGGAGGAGACCCAGGACAACAUGAUGCUUACCAUGCAACGCAACAUCUACGGUCUCCAUGCGCCAAUGACUACCCUCAUGGAACGCAAGAUCGUAUCUGUCAACCCGCACAUGCCCGCUCUUGCUCAAUCUAACAUCCAUCUUGAUAUCCUUAUGGGUCGCGACGAGACACUUGAUGUUGCCGAUUUCUUCGGAAGCAUGGAGUCGGGUCCUUCCAUGAAUAUUCAUGCGGACAUGGAGAAGAAGUUGCGCAUGCGGUGAAACAGCUCUUGAAUUGUGUACGGACUAUAUCGAUGUGGUUGUAUUGAUAGCUCCUGCCUAUGUGGCAUGGUAUUGACGAGACCUUUUU